AUGCUCAAGCGAAUACAGAGUUGGGAAGGUCAUCUAUUAUCAAAGGCUGGUCGUGAGGUUUUGCUCAAAACAGUGGCUCAAGCGUUGCCAACCUAUGCGAUGUCUGUGUUUCUUCUUCCGGUUAAGACUGUUUCACACCUUGAGAGCUUAAUGUCAAAGUAUUGGUGGGGGUCCUCUAAUAAUAAAACAAAAGGUGUCAGUUGGUUUAGUUGGCGACUUUGUAGAAGCAAGAAUUCAGGUGGGAUUGGCUUUCGUAAUUUGCGGGAUUAUAAUCUUUCCUUGUUAGGAAAGCAGGGAUGGCGCCUUCUUUUGUAUGAAGAUUCUCUUGUGGGACGUAUUUACAAGGCCCGAUACUUUCCAAAUGGUAAUUUUCUUUCAGCUGAGAUAGGUCUGAACCCAAGUUUUAUUUGGUGGAGUGUGUUUGAAUCACAACGACUGGUUCGUGAUGGUGCUAGAAGGAGAAUCGGGUCUGGUGUGUCUACCCCUGUGCUUAAUGUCCCUUGGUUGGUUUCUGAUGAGAACCCUUGUGUCAUUUCUAGACAUCCUGGGUUGGCCCAUAGCACGGUCUCGCAGUUGAUGCACAUCGAUCGUAAGCAAUGGGAUCUUGAGGUCUUGCAUGAUUUGUUUGAGGCAAGGGAUAUCGAGUUGAUAAUGCAGGUUCCUCUAAGUGAUAAUGUUAAUGUUGAUUCUUGGUUUUGGGGUAAAGAGUCGAAUGGGUUUUACUCGGUUAAGAGCUCCUACCGCUAUCUUCAAGAACUGAAAGGUGAAUGGGGUGUUUAG